ACUUCCUGCUGCCCUUCGUCUCUUUUUGCUUUGCCUUCUAAGCAAACCCCCGCAAGCACCACCAUCACCAUCCUCCUCCAAUCCCUCUCUCUCUCUCUCUCUCUACGAUUCUCUGUUUCUCUCUCUUCUGCGAACCCUAACCUCGGAAGACCUGACGAUCGGCUCUCCAUGGGACGCGAUAAGGGGAAGUCGCUGGCUCCGGGGUUCCGGUUCCACCCCACCGACGAGGAGCUCAUCCGGUACUACCUCAAGCGCAAGGUCUCCGGCAAGCCCCUCCGCUUCGACGCCAUCUCCGAGGUCGACGUCUACAAAUGCGAGCCCUGGGAUCUCCCCGAUAAGUCGAAAUUGAAAAGUAGAGACCUCGAGUGGUACUUCUUUAGUGUGUUGGAUAAGAAGUAUGGAAAUGGGUCGAAGACAAAUCGUGCCACAGAGAAUGGUUACUGGAAGACGACAGGGAAGGACCGGGCAAUCUAUCAUUACUCUCGAACAGUUGGAAUGAAGAAAACUUUGGUUUAUCAUAAUGGGCGAGCUCCGCGUGGACAGCGAACGAAUUGGGUUAUGCAUGAAUAUCGGCUUACUGAUGAAGAAUUGGAGAAGGCUGGAAUUCCGCAAGAUGCGUUCGUGCUGUGCAGAAUCUUUCAGAAGAGUGGUUCUGGCCCAAAGAACGGGGAGCAAUAUGGUGCACCGUUCAUUGAGGAGGAAUGGGAGGAUGAUGAUGUGGCCCUGUUUCCUGAUCAGGAGCAAAUGGUGGUUGUUCAUGAUGAAUAUGUUGAGGCAGAUGACUUGGAUCAGAGUAUUGAAGUUGGAACUGAACCUGGAGAUGCUCCAGUUCCUCUGAACUUCUAUCAUGGUGAGACAAGCCAGGGCACUGAGCAUUCAAAUGACCUCAAUGAAGAUGAGCAAAAGCCUCUGAUAGAUACCAAUGCAAUUCAAGCCAGUUUGCAACAGCAGGAUGAGCAGUUUUUUGUUUUACCAGAGCAGUACCGGACAGAGAUGAAAGCCAUUGAGAAUGGAUACAUUGGCCAAUCAGAUGAUAAUGCCAAUCCUGUGGAUGCCAAUUACUUACUCGAUGAGCCAUACUUAGAUGUAGCUGGAGAUGAUUACUACCUCCAAACAAAUGACCUUGCUAAUCUCCUUGGGGAGGAUGCAGCAGAUUUUGAUGUUGAAGAUUACCUAACAUUCUUUGAUGCAGAUGAUGAGAAUUUGUUGCCAUAUGAAUCCUCUCAACCUCCUCCUGAAAAUUUACUUUCUGACCACGCGCUUCAUGCUGAGCAUAUUAAUGGAGAAAAUGAGGAAGCUCCUCUGGCAGGCAAUCUUCCUUCAGAAUCUUGCAGUAAGGACUGUGCGUCCACUUCAAAGCCGCAUUUGGAUUCAAAAGACCCUGAAUCAAGUAUUAAAUAUCCAUUCAUGAAAGCAGCCAGUCAAAUGUUAGGGAGUUUCCCUGCUCCUCCUGCUUUUGCUGCAGAGUUCCCAGUGAAAGAUGCAGCACUCCGUCUCAAUUCGGCUGCACAGCCUUCAAGUUCUGUUCAUGUUACUGCUGGCAUGAUAAGAAUUAGAAACAUGAAUUUAGUCGGCAGUGGAAUGGACUGGUCAAUCGGGAAGAACGGAGAACUCAAUAUCGUUCUCUCUUUUGGGAUGUCUCAAGCUGAUAUCAGCCCUACUGAUUCUGGCCUGCGCUCUCGCAAGACACCAUCAGUGGCUUCAUGGACCUGGUGCUUCUUGUUCUUUUGGAUUAUACUUCUCUCGGUCGGUGUUAAAGUCGGGACCUCAAUCUACUCGAGGUAGUAGGAUACUGGAGAAGGUGGCAAUCUCGGCCACUGGGAUGGAGAUAGUGGAUAAACUCACAUAGGAACAUACUAUUCUAGUUAUCAUUAUGUAGGACCCUUGACAUAUUUUGCUUAAGUUAUUCUGUGUCCAGUGCAAACUAUCACUCGGUCUUUUUUAAUCUGUACCGACAAUGUUAAACCCCGUGGAUGGGUAUCUGUCGUGGCGUUUGUUGUAUUGCUACAGCCCAUGGAUAGGAUUGGAAUCAUCGGAUCAAUAUGUAUGGCGCCUACAUUUUUUUGUUCUGCUUGCUGUUGAUGCAGAUGGAUCGCGUCGCCUUCUUUGA